UUGCUGCAUAUCUUUAUCUUUUAGACCCUGGUUUAGAUGCUGGAUUCAAACCGAUUAAUCCUAAAAAAAUUGUAUUUGCGGGAGAGAGUGCAGGAGGCGGUUUAACUCUUGCAACACUCUUAUUUUUAAGGGAUGCGGGGUUACCUUUACCGGGAGGUGCAGUUGUAUUGUCCCCAUGGGUGGAUUUAACCCAUAGUAUGCCAUCUUUUUGGGAUGCCGAAAUAGAUAAGACCGACUAUCUGCCUAAAAAAUUUGGCUUUCGUAAAAUUGAGCCUUCAUGUCCUGUCGCAAACGAAUUUAUCGCUAAUGCAAAGGCUCUAUCUGAUAAAAUUGCCCAAAAAAAACCUACAAUCGUCGGUCAUUCCUCUUUUACUGAAAUACCUCGUAUUCAAAUAUAUUGUGCUAAUGAAGCACUAGCUAUCCCUUACAUUAG